CUCCCCUUUUGGACCCUUUGGUCUCUCUCUCUCUCUGCCCCCGUAGCUGCCCCCAUCAUUCUUCACACGCCGUCGCUCGCUGUGUCGCUUCAUUGCCUCGUCGUCCGCUUAUUGUUCUCCUUUCUGUUCACGCCAGGGAACAAGUCGCCUGUUCUCGCCUCACCAUUGUCCAUGCAAUAGACACUGCAUCUUACUGUUCCGCCUUCAUUUGGUUACCAACGCGUAUUUUCUUUCCCACUCGCGCCAGUCACUCGUUCUCUCGCAGCAUAUCGUAUAUCGUCCGUGUUACCGCCGAACCCGACCGAGACAACGACAGUUCAUUAUCCCAGCGUCAAUCCUGCUUCGCAUCAAGUCAACAGCAAACGGCGCUAUUACUCGUUUCCGCUUAUAUGUCGUUGCGGCCGUAUCACAAUUUCUAGAACACUCAGCACAUAGUCCGAAAUUCCUGGUCCCAUUCCAACUCUCGCCAGUCUCUGGGCUAUCAUAGGGAAAACUUCUCCAUCUCUCUUUACCCCUGGACAAGUUACCCGCCAGCAUGCGCCCACCACGAUCUAUUCUGUUAGGCUUGGCAGCCGUGUUUGCAUCGCCCGUUAUUGCGCAGAAUAAUGACGACGAUGAUGAUAACAAUAACAAUAACAACAACAAUGAUAGUAGUUCCACAUCUGUGAAUACUGAUGAUAAUACCUCAACUGCUACCGACAAUGAUGCGUCCACAUCUUCUACAAGGGCACCUCCAUCCACCACUACAAACGACGCUGAACCAACGUCGUCGCUACCUGACAUAGAUGAGACCUCCACGACAUCCUCACCUUCUUCAGCAACUUCAACAACAACUACUACAGCAAGUAGCACUACACAAAGCGUCCCGGCUAUCACGAGCGACACGGGUGACACUCCGCCCUUACCAACUCUGCCAGGCUCUUAUAGUUACCCGCCCCCAGCUGUGCCUCCCACCAAAAAUGCCCCCUUUAUGCAAAAGUCAAAUCUACCCCAGGGCACCGUCUUCAUCGCUGUUGGUGCUAUUCUAGGCGCAUUCGCCGUUGCUAUCUUAAUCUGGCGGGCUGUUGUUGCUUGUCUGCUGCAUCGAUCUGUCAAACGUGCUACUUUGGCUCAGCAGGUGGCAAACGACAAGAAUUCGUACCCGCCUCCUUCUGCUCCUUUCUACAAGUAUAGUGAUCACGCGUCUUCUAUCUCUCUUGGUAACUCGCCAGGAGCUCGCCCAACUCGAAAAUUACGUGGACCGGUACCCUCUGGAACACCAAGCCAGUCAAACCUCUUUUUCUCUCCCACAGCCCCUGCCGGAGCUAGCAAUGCUACGAAUCGCGAAUCACGAUUCUUGCCUUCAGGAUUCUAUGCAUCCGGCGCUGCUUCACCACAAGGUCAUGAACACUCUAUUAGUUUGACCAAUUUACGGCCAGAUUCCCAUGGCCAUGCUCGGGCCCUUGAGCCCAGCCCUCCUGAAUCUCCUAACCUGGCUCCACCUCACAAUGUAGGACGGAGAAAUUUAAGCUCAAGCACCCUGAACUUGAACCGGCCAGCGAGUGGCCGAACCCCGAGCGCCUUUCUCGAAGACUUGCUAGGUGACCAACCCGAGCAAUUUCCACCAGGUCACCGUAACACGUGGAAUCAACCAUCAAACCGUUUCUAGAUCGAGCCCAGUCUUUCGAGUUCAUGCAAUGUUGCGUAUAGGAUGAACCUACAAACUAUGCGUUCUGCUCAAGCCAGAGUUAUUUUAUCUUUGACAAGUUAGCAGCUUCUUUUCCUCAGUACGAGCUUUGUGUAAAGUCUAUGUAAUGAUAUGGAGUUGGCAUUCAGGAGGCGUUGACAGGAAGCGGUCUACUCGGCAUUGGUUUACAGCUCAAUAGACUAGGUUACAUAACCUCCAUCAUUGAUUCUACAUAAUAUUUCGAAGGUCUGGAAUGACCUCCACUUAUCCGCGCAAAGGUUGUUGAUAUUCAUAAGAGCUACAUGGUUUUCCAGGUGCACGGACGAUCGCUAAUUGCCUCGACUACAUUCUUCGGUCUCACUAGACUUGCUAAGGGGGUUCGAGUGCGUGAGUUCGCUGUGUCCCGAAUCCAACAAAUAGCAGAGCAUAUCAUUUCAAAAGGUGGAUAGCUAUCCCUAUUAUACCAAACACCGCUUUAAUGAGCGCCUUCAACUGCUGUAUGUAUAUGUUCAGCUGGUGUGCACGCCCCCAGCUCGCUUGUGAUAUUGAUAGAAAUCGAGAAUGGCUUCGCAUAGAAGAUUAGUACAGGAAGAUACGGUAGCUCUGUGGAUAGAUCCUUGAAUAGAUAGAUAUCCCUUCACACGAGUACUUAUGAGUAAAUUAAACAGCAUCUAUUAUCCA